AGCUGAGUUAGCUGUGUCAGCUGAGUUAGUCUGGGCUCCUGUGAGCGGUAAGUGUUUGUGCAAAUCAACGAAUCCAGCUUUCAACAUGGUAAAACAGCAGAGGAGAACGGAGAGGUGUCUUGUACCUGCUGCAAUGAGCAAUGUGACACAGGUUCAAUUCCCUGUCGGCCCUGCGCAGAGGAGACCGCCUACGACUCAGCAAGUUUCAGACAGGAAGUGGGCAAGUUCAGGAAUGCGGAAAGCUGACAGCAGGACGAGCUCUACCACCACAGAAGAUGACAGUGAAGACCCGGGACCAGAUGGCGAUUCAGGAGGGAUGGAGUCAAAGAGGGCGAGACUUGACAGACCUCAGGAUAGCGAAGCUGAGACCAGUAAAGAGAAAGUCCCUGGGUCAAAUCGCGAAACAGGAAGCGAGAGCGGCUACACACAAGAUGGUGUUUUGUUGAGGCCUGCUCAUUCCGGCCAGCAGGGGUCUGCAGAGCUGAGUGAGGACAGCAGAGCAGCAGAGCUGCAGAGUUUGGCCUCUCUGAAGGUCACCAUCCAGCAGAGCAGUGAGAGCAGAGAGUUCGGACAGACAGACAGGAUGGCUGACAGGCAAUCAGGCGGACUCCACUGUCAUGUGUGCAACCUUUCAUGUCGCACUGUGCAGGCAUUUCAGGAACACAUGGCAGCGUCAGAACACUUGAAGAAAAUGAUGGAGAUCACUCACUCCAUCUGCCUCAACACACACACACUCCAGGACAGGGGACGUCAACCUGACACACAGUGCUGGUGUGACACCUGUCAGACUCACUUCAGCGGUGAUGUCAUCAUCCAUCGGCGGACGAAACAACACAAGAUGUGUAAGCAGCUGUGUCGUCCCUUCUGUCCGGUUUGUAAACGUCACUUCAGGACUCCCAGGAAGUUUGUGGAGCACAUGAAGUCUGCGGAACACAAACAGCAGGUGCAGCUAGAGGAAGCUCAUGAGGAGGAGCUGAUCAUAGUGGAUGCUGUUGGCUGCUUUAAGGGAGAAGAAGAAGAAGAAGAAGAAGAAGAGGAGGAGGAAGAAGAAGAAGAAGAAGAAGAAAUUGAAGCAGCUGAUGUAGAGGAUGUCGAGGACGACGUAGGAAAGGAAGAAGCCAAGGAGGAAGCGUGCGAGGUCGUGGACACACAGGAACCAGACAGGGUGGAAUAUGAUCCCCACGCCACAUAUGGAAGUAGUUUUGUGGUUCCUGUUUCUGGCUUCCUGUGUCGGCUCUGUAACAAGUUCUUCUACAGGGAGACGACAGCGCGACACACACACUGCAGGACACACGCACACUACCUCAACCUGCAGAGUCACAGAACUCAGAGGACACAUGAAGACAAAGAAAGAUCUGCUCUGACCUGACAUGCUCACCGUGUAUGCAAUGCAGCUGUAAAUUCAGGUUAUGGACUGAUGAUGACAUCAUCCUGCUCUCUGGUGGUGUUUGGCAAAGAUGGGCUCCCUUCUUAUAUACCUGCUCUGCUCAGAGCUUCAACACUGAUGCUUGUGUUAACAAAUAAACAGUUACAGGAUGAAUAAAUGAGUCAGUAUGAGCCCAGGUAAAACAGCUGUGUGUUCAUCCUGCUUCAUCACUGACAUCUGGUGUCUGUUAAACCAACUGCAGCUUGAAAAAUUAUGUGUUUCCCUUUCAUUUGUCAUUUUCCUUCAAGGUUCAAGGUUCUGUUUUUUGGUUAAAAAAAUAAAACAAGUUAACAUUUACAAAUUAACUUCUUUAACUUAUUCUGUAAAUAUGUUUUUU